AUGGCACAUUCACUUUUCAGAACACUCGCUGUCAUUUCUGCUGCGACGGCAGCUCUCGCGCAGCUGCCAGCGAACGUCACAGACCAAGAGACAAUUGACCUCAGUGAUGGCCGAACUGUCCGCUAUAAGGAGCCAAAGCUUUGUGAGACCACCGACGGUGUCAAGUCUUAUGCUGGCUACCUCGACAUUGCCGAAGACAAGCACGUCUUUUUCUGGUUCUUCGAGUCCAGGAAUGAUCCCAGUACGGAUCCUACCACACUAUGGUUGAAUGGAGGACCAGGCGCCGACUCCAUGGGUGGUCUCUUUGACGAAAUCGGGCCCUGCAGCUUGAAUGAAAACCUUGAGACUGAGCUCAGAACAACUUCUUGGAACUCGCUUUCCAAUCUCUUCAUCCUGAGUCAGCCCAUCGGUAUUGGGUUUUCUUAUGCCGAUACACUCGAAACGCCAUUCCCAAUCGAUCCUACCAAUCCGGAGGAACUGGUUCCCGCAAGACUCGCAAACGCGGACUACAGGGCAGUCAACUCAACAGAGCUUGCUGGUGAAGAUAUGUGGCACGCCGUACGCACGCUGUACGAAGCGCUGCCCGAGAUGGCUCCCGACGUCAAGUCGAAAACGCUACACAUGGGCGCCCAAUCCUACGGCGGCCAUUGGGGACCACACUUCUUCAACAGAUUCAGGAAAGAGACCGAGGCCCUUGGCGAAGACGCACCUUUCGAGAUAGGCUCCCUUAUGGUUGUCAACGGCCUCGUCGACGCCAUGCUUCAGUGGCCGUCCUUUCCCCAGUUCUCGGCACACAACACUCACGGUGUACAUCCUGACCCUAUGGUAACAAUGGCAAUGGAGUUCUCGCUUGUCAUGAAGGAUGUCGGUUGCCUUGCCAAGCUCGAGCAGUGCGAGGCGAUUUGGGAUGGCGGCUUGUCGCUCACGGCGGGAAACACGUGCAACGAUGCAAGUGUGGCGUGCCGAAAUGGAGUCGAGUUUCCGUUCCAGGCAUACACAGACACCCAUAACUACGAUGUCCGCGCCGUGGGCGCGGGCAAGGAAGGCGAAGGCGAGCCACUUCCUCCUGCUAUAUACGCGCCAUGGCUCAACACGGCCGAAGUCCAACAAGCUCUCGGUGUUGAGCUCAACUACACCUACACCAGCUCGAACGCUGCUGGCGAGGUAUUGGCUGCGUUUGCCCCCACAGGAGACUUCGCGAGGUCGUACCGGAAGGAUCUGGAAGAGCUGUUGGAAGCGGGUGUGCGAGUGUCGCUCUGGCAUGGGGAUGCCGACUGGGUCUGCAACUGGUUCGGUGGCGAGGUGCUGUCACUGGGCACAAACUACACCAAUGCUGAAAAGUUUGCAUCUGCUGGAUAUGAAAGCUUGAUGGUCGACGGCAAGCACUAUGGCGACACCCGAGAGUAUGGCAACUUUGCAUUCACCCGAGUGUUCGACGCGGGACAUGCAAUGCCCUUCUACCAACCUGAAGCUGCGUACGCCAUGUUUGAGCGUGUUAUUACGGGCAAGGACUUGGCGAGUGGUGAGCACGACAUCAAAGACGAUUAUGCCACCAGCGGACCGGCGAACUCCACGUAUAGCCAAGUUGCUGAGAAGAGGAAGAGGUCGCUCAACAGUGCAAAAUUCCGGAUUUAG